AUGUCGGACUUGAAACAGAGGAAAGAGAACUUUGUGACAGGCCUCAAUGGCGGCUCUAUAGCAGAAAUCAACGCAGUGACAUCAACUGCUUUGAUAACUUACAUAUCAUGGAACCUAUUGAGAAAUUCCACCCUUACGUAUACUGAAACGUGCAACGUACAAUAUAUGAUUGAUUUUGUGUUGAAUUGGGUUGCUUUGCUUCUAUCAAUCACUGUUUACGCCGGUGACCCAUAUCUUUUGAAUAUGCUAAUACUGUUACCUUGUUUGUUCGUAUUCCUUUAUGGGAAAUUCACGAACUCGAGCAAACCUUCUAAUAAAACACAUAAAAAAAAAAAGUUACUCUCACAAGAGUUCCAACUGGAAAAAAAGCCCUAUAUUACUGCCUAUCGUGGUGGGAUGCUUAUUCUGACUGCCAUUGCCAUCUUGGCUGUAGAUUUUCCGAUCUUCCCAAGAAGAUUUGCUAAGGUGGAGACGUGGGGUACAUCCUUAAUGGAUCUUGGUGUAGGGUCCUUCGUCUUUAGUAAUGGUAUUGUCUCUUCUAGAACAUUAUUGAAAAAUCUCAGCUUGAAAAACAAACCCAGCUUUGUAAGAAAUGUAUUCAAUGCUUUGAAAUCUGGGGGAACUCUAUUGUUCCUAGGCUUGAUGAGGUUAUUUUUUGUAAAAAAUUUGGAUUAUCAAGAGCAUGUCACAGAAUAUGGAGUACACUGGAAUUUCUUCAUCACUCUAGCAUUGCUACCACCCACUUUGACUCUUAUUGAUCCUCUUACGAAAAUAAUACCACGCUUUUCCAUUGCGAUAAUCAUUUCAUGUGUUUAUGAAUGGCUGCUUUUGAAGGAUGAUCGAACUUUGAAUUUCUUAAUUUUGGCCAAUAGAAAUGGUUUCUUCAGUGCAAACAGAGAAGGUAUUUUGUCAUUCUUAGGUUAUUGCUCGAUUUUCCUUUGGGGUCAAAAUACAGGAUUUUAUUUGUUGGGAAAUAAACCAACUUUAAACAAUCUCUAUAAACCUUCUACGGAUGAUUUGGUUGUCAGUUCAAAAAAACCCUCCACUUGGGACCAUUGGACUUCGGUAACCCCGCUGACCGGUCUUUGUAUAUGGGGCACAGUUUCCAUCGUUGUCAGCCAGCUAGUGUUUCAAUAUCAUCCUUAUAAUAUUUCAAGAAGAUUCGCCAACUUACCAUACACUUUGUGGGUUAUAACUUAUAAUUUACUGUUUUUGACUGGAUACUGCAUAACUGACAAAAUCUUCAAUAAUUCUGGUGAGAACUAUAAAGUUGCUCAGUCUUUGGAGUCGAUGAAUUCCAACGGGUUGUUCCUAUUUCUUUUGGCAAAUGUUUCUACGGGGUUUGUUAAUAUGUCUAUGGUUACAAUAGAUGCUUCUCCCAUUGUUUCACUUUUCGUUUUAUUAGCAUAUUGCUCAUUUAUCGCUGUUGUAUCAAAUUUCUUAUUCAGAAGAAGACUAUUCCUUAAACUAUAG